CCGCUCGCCGCCUGCCAUGCUCUCGUUACCGACCCCACCAACGGGGCGGCGGGGGUGGGUUCUGCCGGGCCCUAUUUAAGCGUCGGCCGCGGCCCCUCACAUGAUGGGAGUGUGACCGCCGAGCAGCGGGCGGGAUGGCGCCGGGCCGGGCACGGCUCUGCCGGCCCCGCGGCGGGGAGACCACCCGGCUGCUGCCCCAGGCAUCCAGGCUGGUGGAGCUGCCCUACUCCUCCUCCGAUGACGAUGACGGGGACACGGUCCUUCCCAUGGCCCAGCAGGACCCCGGGGUGUGGUGCCCCGUCCCCCCCAAGCCCAGCGCCUUCAGCCAGUGUGUGCGGUACCUGGCCUUCCUCUGGAACCUCCUUUUCCUCCUGCUGGGUCUGCUGGCCCUGGCCGUGGGGGUGUGGGGGCUGCUGGCCAAGGGCUCACUGCGGGGGGAUGGCCUGGCCCCCCUGGGCUCGGACCCCAUGCUGCUCUUCGUGCUGGCGGGACUGGGGGCCAGCGCCGUGUCCCUGGCCGGCUGCCUGGGCGCCCUCCGCUCCAGCCCCUGCCUGCUGCGCUUCUUCCUGGGGGCCAUGCUGGCCUUCGCGGGGCUGGAGGUGCUGGGGGGGCUGCUGCUGCUCGUGGCGCGACAGCGGCUGCGGGACGCCCUGCGGGACGCCCUGCUCCUCUGCCUCCUGCGCUACCAGGAGGAGCCUGACCUGCGGUUCCUGGUGGACGAGGUACAGCAGAGCCUGCAGUGCUGCGGCCUCGGCUCCUACCGCGACUGGGAGACCAACCCGUACUUCAACUGCAGUGCCCCGGGGGUGCAGGCGUGCAGCGUCCCUGCCUCCUGCUGCCUGGACCCCUGGCAGAACGGCACUGUCACCAACGCCCAGUGCGGCUUCGGGGUCCUGCGCCUGGGGGACGUGGCGGCCAGCACUGUUGUGCACCUGGGGGGCUGCGUGGCACAGCUCGGCGCCUGGCUCCGUGGCCAGGUGGGCGGCAUCGCGGCCGGCGCGGCCGUGCUGGUGCUGGUUGAAGCUGCCGGCAUGCUCAUGGCGCUGAAGAUACUCAGAGACAUAGCACCCAUCGGGGCGCGGGACUGA